AAACCCCUCCUCAACUUCCAUUUCACUCCCAACUUCCACUAUCAACAAAAUUCAAAAACAAGAGUCUCUCUCCUCUCUCUCUUCUUCUCUCAGAGAGUAAAAACAACAAAAAUUUGAUAAUAUUACUUGUUUUCAAUGGCUUUGAGCUCAGACAUGGCGGGUUUAGAUCAGGUCUCUGCGCUCGAACGCAUCAAGAACCAUCUUCUCGGUGAGUUCUCGCCCGCAGCCAAGAGCUCCGUCACUGAGCUAAGCGACUCUGCUUCCAGUUUCCCCCAAAAUCAAUGGAGCCCCGAGGCCAAUUCGGACCUUUCCAGGUCUCAAUCUGACUCGCUUUGCUCCAAAUCCUCUUCCACUUUCGAUUCUUCGAUCGAAAUCUCCGACUACUUGAAUUCCAAUGAGAUCUUCGAGUUCGAGUUUAAUUCCAUCGAUUUUCUCGAUUUCGAAGCUAAACCUCAAGUCAUCGACCUCAUCACCCCAAAAUCCGCCGAUUUGAGGUCCCAAAAUUCGUUCGAAUUUGAAUCCAAGCCUCAAAUCAUUGAUGAUUUCUUUGAAAUCGAACAUAAGCCCCAGAUCUUAAACAGGACACCUCCGAAACCGGCCAAACCGACCCGGAAACCCGCGCUCACAGUCUCCCUCCCGAAUAAAACCGAGUGGAUCCAUUUCGCGAGCUCUGACCCGGCCGCGAAGGCGCCUGUUCAGAAAUCGAGUUCGAAUGAGGAGAAGAAGAAGCACUACCGCGGGGUCCGCCAAAGGCCGUGGGGCAAGUAUGCGGCGGAGAUCCGGGACCCGAACCGGAGAGGCUCCCGGGUCUGGCUCGGGACCUUCGACACGGCGAUCGAGGCAGCCAAGGCCUAUGACCGGGCGGCGUUCAAGCUGCGCGGCUCCAAAGCCAUCCUCAACUUCCCGCUCGAAGCCGGCAAGGCCGAGCCGGUCGCGGCCGUCGAGAGAAAACGACGUCGUGAGGAGGACAGAGAAGAAGUGAAGGCGGUGCCGGUGCCGGUGAAGAAGGAGCGGUCGACGGAGGCGCCAGAGGCCGUUGGGUGUAUAAGGGAUAUGCCCUUGACGCCGUCAAGUUGGACGGCGUUUUGGGACUCUGAGUCGUACGAAGAUGUGAAGGGGAUAUUUAGCGUUCCGCCGUUGUCGCCGUUAUCUCCCCACCCAGCGAUGGGUUAUCCACAACUUAUGGUCGUGUGAAGGAUUUUUAACAUCGAAUUUUAAUUGACGACGUGAUGUGUUAUUAUUAGAUUAGAAGCUGGUUUUUUUUCAUUUCUUUACAUUAAAAAUUUCGACCAAAAAAAAGUAUAUAAAGUCCCGUAUAUAAUAUGAUUGAUAUAUAUAUAAGUGAGACUUUCUGAUAAUGAAAAGAGGAUUUGGUUGAUUAAAA